AUAUAAUAAUGCAGCUCACGGUCUCUGGUAUUGGUCGCGCUGUUAUUACGUAUAUGUAACACACUGUCGCUGGCUGUAACGUCACAAAUUCCCCACAAUCCUUUGCCGCGUCCCUGAGACCGAAAAUGGCGUCGAAGGCACCAGCGACUGGAAGGCUGUUGUUGGGCUUCAGGAAGUGGUACUACAACGCAGCCGGGUUCAACAAACUCGGCCUGAUGCGAGAUGACACUAUAUAUGAGAACCCCGAUGUGAAGGAGGCCAUUCGCCGGCUCCCAGAGCCACUCUAUAACGACAGAGUGUUCCGCAUAAAGAGGGCCCUCGAUCUCUCCUUGAAGCAUCAGAUUCUUCCCAAGAACCAGUGGACAAAAUUUGAAGAGGAUCUGCCAUACCUUGAGCCCUACUUGAAGGAGGUUAUUCGUGAAAGAACAGAAAUGGAAGAGUGGCAAAAGAAAUAGAAUAAAAUGGGGAGUGGUUGCUCUCUUGUAUUUAAAAUAACGUUUAUAACGUGUGACAUCCAUGUACUUAAUAAAUUUGAUUUCUGUCAA